CCGGGGGGGGCUGGGAGCCAGGACUCCUGGCUUCUACUCAGCUGCCUCACCCAGUUUCUCUCACCCCCCGACAGCUGCUCUCCAGGCCACGCGGGCACUCAUGGUGGUCUCCAUCGUGAUGGGCGUCAUCGGCAUUGGUGUGGCCUCCAUGGGGAUGAAAUGCACCCGCUGCGGGGGGGACAACAAGGUGCAGAAGGCGCGCAUAGCCAUGACCGGGGGGCUCAUCUUUGUGGUGGGAGGUUUGGCGGCGCUGAUCGCCUGUUCCUGGUAUGGAAACCAGAUCGUGCAAGAUUUCUACAACGUCUCGGUACCUAUGAACGCCAAGUAUGAAUUUGGAUCCGCGAUCUUCAUCGGCUGGGCUGGGUCCGCCCUGGUGCUGCUGGGCGGGGGUCUCCUGUCCUGCUCCUGCCCUGGGAAAUCUGGGUACAGCCAGCAGUACCCCAAAAGCAAAGCCACUUCCCGGACCCCCACCAACAAGGAAUACGUCUAGCGCCCUGAUCGGAUGCCAGCUUUCCGGCCCGUACCCCUAUCUGCCGUCAAUAUCCCGGCACUUGUGAAGGGGUUAACUCCUUGCAUGGGGGGGUACCCCCACUUAGGAAUAUCAGGGUGCUCCUGAACUCCGUAGGGAUGUUUUUAAAUGCAUCCAUGCCCAUUGAGAUUUGGUUUCUACUUUCCCAUGUUUUUGGGGUAUAGGGAGGAUU